GCCUGAUAUGAUCGUAGCUACUCCUGGGAGGUUACUUGAUAUGAUGUCCGACGGCGGCGUCUGUUUAAGAAGAGUUACUUUCUUUGUGGUAGACGAAGCUGAUCGAAUGAUUUUAUUGGGAUUUUGGAAACAAGUUAAAACGAUAUCCCAGCAGAUUCGUCCGGAUCGACAAUGCAUUAUGUUGAGCGCGACGUGGCCUGAGGAGGUGAGAGAUGUGUCGUUGAAGCUGUGCAGAGAGGAUCCAGUUCAUAUCAAUGUUGGUGAUAUUUCGGAUAAUAUUGACGAUUCGGAUCCUUAUAAUCGCGAAAA